CGCCCAGCGCGGCUCAGCCACCGCCUCCACGCCGCGGUCCGGGGGCGGGGCCGGGGCAGGGGCCGGGCACUGAGCACCCCCAGGCCACGCCCCAAUUCGGAAGGGGCGUGGUCUCAUGCGCGGCCGUGACGUGGCGAUGGCGGAACGCUACGUGAAACCGGGGAACAAGGAGCGCGGCUGGAACGAUCCCCCCCAGUUUUCCUAUGGGCUGCAGAUCCAGUGUGGAGGCCCGAAGCGCCACCACCUCGCACGCAGGGUCCCCGGCCCGGCCGAUGGAGCCCCCCAAGCCCCACCUCCAGCGAAUUCUGCUCCUCCCGCGGUGCCAGCAGCCUUAGCCUCAAAACCUGUGGGCCCCCCGCCUCUUGCUGUGGUCAGCCCUGCUCUGAGGCCAGAUGCCGCAAAGCAGGUUGCGAGCCUGGCUGAGGAGGAGUGCGAGGUGAAGGUAGACGAUGUUCUAGCCCCUCUGAAUGAGACUCUGAGCAUGUGCAGGAACAUCGUGCAGAAACAGGUUUGUGAUGACAUCAGCAGACGCCUUGCUGUGUUUCGGGAGCUGUGGCUUCAAGGAAAGCUGUCUGCCCCUGUGAGGAAGAGGAUGAAUAUCCUGGUGCAGGAGCUCCAGCGGCAGCACUGGGACGUGGCUGAUGAAAUCCAUCGCUCGCUCAUGGUGGACCAUGUCAAUGAAGUCAGUCAGUGGAUGGUGGGAAUCAAACGGUUAAUUGCUGAAGCAAGGAACUUGCCUCCUGGAGACUUGGUUGCAAAUGAUGAGCAGGGAGCUGGAGCUCAGCCAGCCGAAGAGGCCCUGUGAGCCAUGGCAAAGCUGGGGGGACCUGAACUGCCCCCAGGUCCCACUGUGCCUCCCCCAGAGGUGGUGGAGCUCUUGGCCACUGGGAGCAUUUCUCAUUGCUGUAGUGGGAAAAUAGCAAGACUCCUCCAUCCCUGAGGAGUUUCUGGGUUCUCCCAUGUCUCCCUGUCCUGCCUCUGAGUGUCUGAUUCAGGAUCAGCUCUGCACCAAGGAGAGGCUUUCUUACCAUCAAUAGAUCUUGGGGCAACUUGCUGCAUAUAAUGAUACUGAAUAAAAAUUAGUGAUCUUCCAGUG